CGCGCCGCCAGACGCGUUUCCCGGUGGGAGCGGGCGCUCCCCGGAUUUGGUCGGCUGGGCUCCCCGGCAAUAGUGCCAGGGCUGCUCCGGCCUCUCGGCACGCUUGCUGACGCCCGCUGUGCGAGCCCAGGGCGUUCGGCCGCGAGGAUCUGGCACCAUCCCGCCCCGAGAUGGCGCUCUUCUCCGGGCUUCUACCUUUGGUUGAUGUCUAAACUUCAAGCUAGACGACACGCCCAUGGGUUUCCAAAAAGGAAGCAAAACCACUGAUCUGUCAACUGAGAGUUCAGAUACUUCAAAUUCUGAAAGCGAAGCAGAGAGUGAACCAGAACAAGUUUCUGGGUACCACAAGUUACUUGCUACAUUAAAAAAUGUUUCUGAGGAAGAAGAGGAAGAUGAGGAGGAAGAAGAGGAGGAGGAAGAAGAUAGUGUAGAUGCAGAAACGAACAAUGAUGAUGGUGGUGGUGAUGUCAGUGUGGAAGACGAGGUGGCAGCCGAGCGUACUGAAAUGCAUGAGAAUGUUGCUUUAUCUGCUGACCCUGAGGGAAAAGAUGGGAAAGGACCACCUGGCACAUCAGAACAAGAAUCUCCUGAGGAGUUCACAGAUGCAAAACAUGAGUCACUGUUCAGCCUGGAAACCAAUUUUCUUGAAGAGGAGAGUAGAGACAGCUGUUCUAUGAAAGCAUCGCAUGAUCCAUUUCUACAACAUGUGAACAAAGAACUGAAAGAAAAAGAAAUUCAGGCUAUUGCUACAAAUCCCAAAGCUACACACCAGCUAAAAUGGCCCAUCCUGGGCCAGCUUGUCUUUUCAUCCAAGUUCCAGAAGUUGGAAACAUUUAAACCCUCGAAGGAUAUUGACUUAAAGUCACUUCAUCUUCAAAAACCUUUGGGAUCUACUUGGGCUAAGACUAACAGCCAGUUCCUAUCUGGUCCCCAACAAUCAAGCAGCCCUUUUACCCCUCUCCAGAAAGAACUCUUCUUAAUUAUGAAUUCUUACCGGGACCUGUUCUACCCAGAAAGGACUGCCCUGAAGAAUGGGGAAGAGAUCCGCCAUGUGUACUGCCUGCAUGUGAUAAAUCACGUCCUGAAAGCCAAUGCCCAGGUGCUGGGCAACAAUAGCAGGCGCCGGAGCCAGAAACUUGGUGUGGGGGAUGAUGACGACUUCAGGGACCAAGGGCUAACAAGGCCUAAGGUACUGAUAGUGGUGCCCUUCCGGGAAGCCGCUCUGCGGGUGGUACAGCUUUUCAUCAGUCUCCUUGAGGGCGACAGCAAGAAGAAAAUUAUUGUGAGCAACAAAAAGAGGUUUCAGGGAGAGUACGGGUCAGAUCCCGAAGAGAGACCACCCAACCUGAAGAGGCCCGAGGAUUAUGAGGCUGUGUUCGUGGGCAACAUCGAUGACCACUUCAGGAUCGGAGUAGCCAUACUUCAGAGGAGCAUCCGACUCUACGCUCCCUUCUACUCCUCGGACAUCCUCAUCGCUUCCCCUCUGGGCUUGAGGACAAUUAUUGGUGGAGAAGGAGAGAAGAAGAGAGAUUUUGACUUUCUGUCUUCCAUCGAGCUUCUGGUCAUCGAUCAAGCUGACAUUUACCUGAUGCAGAACUGGGAGCAUGUCCUGCAUUUGAUGAACCACAUGAACUUACUUCCCUUGGAUUCACACGGGGUCGACUUCUCCCGAGUGCGGAUGUGGAGCCUCAAUAAUUGGUCCAAGUACUAUCGCCAGACCCUGCUGUUUGGGGCCCUGCAGGAUGCCCAGAUCAACUCGGUGUUCAACAAGUACUGCGUCAAUCUGCAGGGCCAGGUGGCCGUGAGGAACGUCCCAAUGACAGGCUCCAUCAGCCAUGUCCUGGUGCAGCUCCCGCAUGUCUUCCAGAGGAUGGAAGCUGAAAACCUAGCCUCAGUGAUUGAUGCCAGGUUUAACUUCUUUGUGAACAAGAUUUUGCCUCAGUAUCGUGACGCGGUCAUGUCCCACACGCUCAUAUACGUCCCUUCCUACUUUGACUUCGUGCGUCUCCGAAAUUACUUCAAGAAGGAGGAACUGAACUUCACUCACAUCUGCGAGUACACCCCAAAGUCUGGUGUCUCUAGGGCCAGACACUUCUUCCUUCAAGGAGAGAAGCAGUUCCUGCUCCUCACAGAGCGCUUCCAUUUCUACAAAAGGUACACAAUAAAAGGCAUCAGGAACCUGAUCUUCUAUGAACUGCCAACCUAUCCGCACUUCUACAGUGAAGUCUGUGAUAUGCUGAGGGCCACCAGCAGAGGAGAAGAGGCCACGUGGACCUGCACUGUCCUCUACUCCAAGUAUGACGCCCAGAGGCUCGCUGCCGUGGUGGGUGUGGAGCGGGCAGCCCAGAUGCUACAGUCCGCGAAGAGUGUCCACCUUUUCAUCACUGGAGAAAAAUGAGAUCUUCUUGGGCAGGAAGUGGCAUUUGGCAUGCUUCGUGACGCUUGAUUCCGUGCCACAUGGACUCGUAUGUGAGAGGGCUGACACAGGAGGGAGCAUCAGUGACUCAGCAUGACCUGAUGAUUCUUUCUGUUCAGAUCGUGGGUCCUUGGAAAGUUAAAUGUAAGCCAGAUUUUGGUAAAUCAUGUCUUUCAGAGGUCAGGAGGGGGCUAGUAGGACUCUGGAGUUGAUAGACGGAAACUUCUAUUUGUGAAUCUCUUUUCGUUGAGCCAUGGAUUUUUUUUAUGAUGGUUUAUCUCUGAUUUAUUAUACUUGGUAAAUUCUUUCA